AUGGACGAGUUGGCUACCUUCCUUUUCAACCGUCACUUUAAGUUCCCUACGGGGGCGAUUCUUUCACCUCUUGUUGAAGGUGCUCCCAGCGAAGAUGCUAUAGAAACUCCGUCUACGCAAGGCAAGUCCACACAUAACAGUCCACAAGAAGUCACCCCAUUUAACAGAUCCACACAAACCAACUCCCCCACGACUACAAAAAUGCCUCUCCUUCGCUCCCUCGCCACAAAGGCCGGAAUCAUCCGCACCCCAUCUGACCGGGAGACCAAGCUCGAGCAAGGAGGGAAAUGGCGCGAAGCCCAGAAGCUGCGCUUCAAGCACUUUACCAAAUGCGCGCGCGAGGUUGACCAAGACAAACAAAUUUACGACCUCAUCCGCGCCGAUCAGCGGAUCCUGUUCCAGGUGCAGGCGCGCGCUGCGCAGCUGAAGACCGAAAAGGACGCUGCGUCUGGCCUGCAGCCUCAGCCGAAGUCUUCCUCCACCGCCCGACCCGCCAAAGUCGCACGGCUUGAGUCGAAACUCCUCGAAUCGAAGGUGGUGCAGAGCGUGAGGUGGUCAUCGAGCGACACCGCGCCGAAACAGCUCCAGAAGGAGUGUCUGGACGGAAGUUGCGAGGCGAUCUGGGUGGCGGAGCAUCACCGACACAACAUGCUCUCGCAAGUGCCGGAGGGGCCGGCCAAACGCGCGUACUUGUCGCUGCAUCAGCAGUCGGGCUGGCACCUGUCGAAGUGGCAGCGAAGUGAAUGCGCGGCGGUUGGGGGAUGCUGUGCGCGGGAUUGUGGCUGUUGUACGAGGUCCAGAUGUCCUGACCUUCCGACACUCUACCACGGUCAUUGUCUCUCAUACUGUCCAUGUUGUGCCAAGGCCCGAGGCUUCACCAUCACACCAGAUAGUAUUGACGAUGAUAAGAUGCUACCGGAAAUCAAAUUGUAUGAUUGGUGUCAUGGAAACCAUGACUACGUGUCUCGUGUGAUGAAUGCGCAUAUCUGGGGACUGUAA